AUGUUAUAUCCAAUUCAUUUAUUGACGAUCUUAGUGCUGUUAAUCUCACGAGUCAAUUCACUGCCUCAUGCCACCCCUCGUCAAGAUGCUUCUUCAUCUAAUACCACCGCUAGCUCCGCUACUAUUGUGGAUGAGACUAUAGUCAACAAGCUUGAGGGUAUCCGAUCCCGAUGGGGCAUGAAAGGUAUCAAUAUUGCCGUUGUUGCUUCGCCGGAAUAUAUGGGUAAUAAGACGGGCAGUAAUCAGACUGGGUGGGCCACUCAGAGUAUCGCACUAGGUCAAGCUAACAGAUUCGGUGAUGCGUUCGAUGACCAAACCUUGUUCGCCCUCGGUUCAAAUUCCAAGCAUUUCGCUGCUGUUGCUGUUGCCCUGCUCAUCGAGAAUGGUACUACCCUACCGGAUGGUCAGCCUCUCACAUAUACUACAAAGAUCAAAGACGUAAUACCUGAAUUUGGCCUGUUGGAUGAAUAUGCUGGACAAAACGCGGACAUAGUGGAUCUUCUGUCUAUGCGAUCAGGACUACCACGACAUGACCACUUGAUGGGACUCGAAGUCGAAGAAGUCAUCUCUCGAAUGAAAUAUCUUCGACCAUCCACUCCAUUCCGACACGAUGGUCAGUACCAAAGUCUUCACUACAUCGUCAUGGACAAAGUCGUCUCUACGCUUACCGGUACCUCGUUCGUCGAUUUCGUCAAGACUCACAUAUUUGAUCCCAUCGGAAUGACUCAUACAUACUACAAUCACACUCAAGCAGUCGAAUCGGGCCUCAAGAUUGCCGACGGGUUCGUACAUGAAGACGUUGAUAUUGCGGGUUGUACGGCUGCUUCGGAAGCGUACAUUAAACAAGGUGGUAAUGCAAGUUUGAUACCCUGUGCUGGUGAGCUGAAGAGUAUCGGUUGGUGGGAUCGUACGGAUGGAGUCAAGAUAGCUACGACAGGAAGUGCCAUAACCAACAGUCAAGACAUGUUCAAAUGGCUCCAAGAGGAACUCUCUCCUGCUGUACUUCCUCCCACUAUCAUACCCGCGACAACCACCAGUCAAACCGUACUCACGAAACAGCCUGUCAUCCCAGGAAUUACCAGUGCCUAUACCUACGGUCUAGGCCAGUACAUGUAUACUUACCGAGGAUACAGUAUCAACGGACACGAUGGAUCCGUCUGGGGUCAGCUCAGCCACAAUACCCGAGUGCCAGAUGCUGGAGUAGGAUGCAUUGUUGGGCUUGCCAGAGAUAAACUGGGAAUUGAACACUUUUUCCGAACUUGCUGGAUGGCGGAAAGUCAAAGUACCGAAGGAACCGACUCUUCAUCCACUUCUCAAGAUUUUUCUUCUGCUUCCAAUUCAUCUACCACUUCCACGACUUCAUCUUCAGCCAACACGAACACUACCGCUUCUCUCCGUACGCCUCUUGGUGCGGAGUCCGUUGUAGGACACUACUCUGAUGAAGCAUAUGGUACAUUCAAUAUCCAACCUAUAUCCAACCUAGAAGAUGCCGAUGCUCUUCUAGCCAUCAACAAGAGGUUUACCUUGCUUGGCCUAACUCCUGGCAAUGAUACGUACUAUUAUCAGAACACGGACUCAUCAUCCUUCAUCACGCACUACAUCUUCACUCCAUUCGACGGACCUAUCUUCAAUGUCACUGCUUCUUUCGUCGCCCCACUCUACCCCAAUGGGAGCGAAACUAAGAACGGAUCGACACUUAUCACCUACGGUCCCGGUUCAGCUGUGUUCAAAGACAACGGGCUAGGGCUGUUUGGUAUUUGGCAGUCCGGUAGUGGAAUCACGGACCCCCAGGUUGUCGAAAAUAACGUAGAGGAGGCAGCUGAAGUAUGGUUAAAAAAGGUAUAA